AGCAGGCCUACAUUUGCCGUCCUCUUCGCCACCAUGUUCAGCUUCAACAUCUACUCCCGCUCCUCCACCACCGCUGAUCGCGAUGAAGCCGCCGCUGCCACCGCUGAUCGUGCCUCCCACGCAGACUCACAGCGACCACGACCACAACCUAGCGCAUCAACCACCUCCUUCGUAUCCCGACCAUAUCUACAGCCCUCGUCCGAGCGAUUCGGUCUCGGACUUUCACGACCUCACCGUAGCUCCAGGCCAUUCCAGCCCUAGUCUUAGCGACGGUGAACUGCAUCCAUAUCUUGGCUUACGAGCUCGACUCUGUCUCUCGGUGCUUUCGCCACCCCUCUUCGCUCUCCUCUUCACCGGCACACAUCUCCUCCUCUCAUCAGGCGACAUCGAUGACAAGAUAGGAUCGGCCAAGGCAAGUCUGCUCAACGUGUGUCAUGAUGCGGAGCACCAAGCAAGCAUGGCCGCGAGCCUGCCACACUUCAUGGCCGACGCAAUGAAUGCACGCACGCAGGAGGCCGUUGAAGGCUCUGUCAGAGCUCUCGGUAGAAUCGUAUACCUCGCUCUGGUGGCUCUCGAGGCCCUCGUCACCUUCUUUGUCAACUCGUACCGUUCAGUCUUCCUCUGCUUCAUCGAGCUUCUGGUGCGCGGCUCUCUUUCCCUCCUCAUGGCUGCAGUUGAUCUGAUGAACUCGGCCAUUCAUGAAACGGGUGUUGGUAUCAAGAGUGCGGUGCAGGCUUCCAUCGAUGGCGUGAACGGUUUCCUCAAUACGUCGCUCGACGGCAUCAAUGACGUUCUCUCCAUCGUUGGCAAGAGCAUCCAGGUGCCUCAGAUCUCUCAGCCGGACCUCAGCGCUCUUGACAACGUUCACCUCCCGACAUCAUUCGAGGACGCGCUGCUCAAGCUCAAUGGCACCUUACCAACGCUUACUGAAUUUAAGCAGAGGAUGGACAGUAUCGUCCAGAUGCCCUUUGAGAAGCUCAAAGUCGAUGUGAACGCCACCACGUCCAAUUUCACCUUCGACACCUCCCUGCUCCCCCUCCCAGACCGCCAAAGCAUCACAUUUUGCGAGGAUCUCAACAUGUCCCCGCUGGACGGGCUGGGCAACGCUCUCAAGAAGCUCGUCUUGAUCGGCAUCAUCACCAUCGGCGCCGUCAUCCUUCUGCUCCUCGUCGUCAGCAUCGUGCAAGAGUGGUGGGCGUGGCGAUGCCUCCUUCGCAAUGUUGCCAAUACGAGACGAACGUGGCUGCAGAGCGGGGCUGGUACGGAGCACAUUUUGAGCAAGCACAAUCUCAUGGACUUGCUCUCGAUGUCGCACCAUCCCCUGCUGACUGGAUGGGCUUUGAAGACGGCGUCAAUCUGCGGCGUCAGCUCACCCAGAGGUCAAAGACGGGUACGAUGGUGGGCUAGCUUCAUCGGCCACCCUACAGCGCUCAUAUGCCUGGCAAUUGGACUUUGCGGCAUGCUCAGUGUCGAGGUGCAGCUGCUCGCCAUUCGACCCAUUGAGCGCCACUACCAGCGCCAACUGGACGGUAGCUUCGAAGUGUUCGGCAAUACGGCUCUCACCCGCAUCAAUGCUGUCACGGCCAAUGCCUCUUACUCUUACGCCAACCGUACCAAUGCCAUGAUAAGCAGCGCGCAAGUCGACCUCAACGAGCACCUCUUUGGCUGGGUCAACACGACGACAGGCACAAUGAAUAACACGCUCAACGAAUUUAUCGACGGGAUCUCCUCUGCUUUGAACGAAACAUUCGCCAAUACCCCUCUCUUCACUCCCCUCCAGACAUUCAUCUCAUGCCUUCUUCUACAAAAGGUCAUCAACAUCGAAAAGGCGCUUACGUGGCUGCGGGACAACGCGCACGCAGAUUUUCCACUCGUGUCGCCGACGGUGCUCAUGCUCAGCGCAAACCGGUCGCAGGAGCUGAUACAGCCGAUUCAGGAGGCGGCCAAUGGACAGCCUCAACAAGGCGGAGGCAAUAGGGGAGGGGUCCUGGCCAAGGUGAUCGAUGGGUACGAGAAGAAGCUGAAGAAGGAGCGGCUGCUGUUUGCUCUCUUCUUGGCACUGUAUGGCAUCGUACUCCUCGUGGGGACGGCAGUCGCGCUACUCCACCCAGCGGGCCAAAGAAGACAAGCCCCGAGCAUCCCCUACACAUCAGAGAAGGACGACAACGAGCCGUCAGGCGACAUCUCAAUACAACAAGGUGCCUCUCUACCGCCAAGUCCGUGCUACCCUCACAGCUCAGUGGACGCGACGCGACGCCACAACGCCCCAGUCUUCCUAGGCGACACCCACCUCGAAACGUCGACAACGCCAAUGACGACAUUUGCGCGUUUGCACGGAACGUGGCAAGAGGAGCAGCGACGUCGCUUUGAGGAGCAGCAAGAGCGCGAGAGGGAUGAGCAGGAUGCCGCAAGGGAGGCUCAUCUGCAGUCACCCGUCAUGGGAGUCGAGGAUGGCCAGUCUGCCAAUGGACCGCCAAGACGGUCCUUGAUGCUGUCGAGGCUUGUGAGCCGGCAGGGUGACACUCACAGGCAGGUGUAGCUCAAUUUCGCUCGUGGACUUGCAAUCUUAUAUCAUUCAUCACAGCUUGCUACAAUGUACCUCGCCAAAGUCAGCAUCUCUCUACGUCCGUCGUCCCGCUAGGGCUCAACAGGCAAAGAGACGCCCGGCUUAUUGUCGAGCCUAGCACCAAGAAAGUCUGCCCCGCUUGCGAAGCAAAGGCGACUUGACCUGUGGGCUAGUUGGGUUUCUCUGCCCCUCCGACAAGGCUUUGAAGCCUCUUUUCUACGACUACCGCUGAUCGCUGGGAAAAGAAGAGCAGU